UCUAAGCAUUACGGUAAUAAGUCAGCCUGCAGCAACUCGUAGAGAGAGGUCGGAAAGAAAAAGAUUUAGAGAGAAAAUAAUUAACGCUGUACGGUGCAGUUAGUCAGAACAGAACCCAUCAAUAUAGCAAAUCAUUAUUCAAAAUAACAACUGAUCUGAAAAAUACCACCUAGAAAAACCUGGGCUACCGGAAACAAACUGAGAACCACUCAUCCAAUUGGUAAAACAUUGCAUUGCAAUAAAAACCACAAGUUAUGAAGAGUGUCAUAAUCUAGCUUAAAAUGACCAAUGUGUUGAUCCUUGGCAAGUAAAUGGCGUCCAGAGUGAGAGAUGCUGUAGUCUGGUACCAGAAGAAGAUUGGGGCCUAUGAUCAACAGAUAUGGGAGAAAUCAGUAGAACAAAGAGAAAUCAAGGGCCUGAGGAACAAGCCAAAAAAAACAGGACAUGUGAAACCAGACCUCAUAGAUGUUGACCUUGUGAGAGGGUCAGCAUUUGCUAAAGCUAAACCGGAAAGCCCAUGGACCUCACUGACCAGGAAAGGGCUUGUACGAGUGGUGUUCUUCCCCUUCUUCUUUAGAUGGUGGAUACAAGUGACGUCAAAAGCCAUCUUUUUCUGGCUUCUAUUUCUGUACCUCCUUCAAGUUGCAGCAACAGUGUUAUUUUUCACCAAUCCCCAAACACACAACGUCCCUGUAACAGAGGUGUUUGGUCCUAUCUGGUUGAUGUUGAUGCUGGGGACCGUUCACUGUCAGAUUGUGUCAACGCGCACUCCCAAACCCACUCCCAGUAGCGGAGGGAAGAGGAGAAGGAAGUUAAGGAAAGCAGUACAUUUGGAGGUGCAUAGGGAAGGAGAUGGCUCUAGCACUACAGAUAACACACAGGAGGGGGUGCUGCACUGCUCCAGUUCUGUCUCCACUUACAGCCUUGGCACUUUCUUCAGAGAUUUCUGGCAUGAUUUCUUUAAACCAGGAUCCAAGAAGACCAAGCUAUCCAUUGAUAAGUCGACAGAGACUGACAAUGGCUAUGUGUCUCUGGACGGAAGGGUGACCAGCAAGAGCAGUGAGGACGGGAACCAGCUCCACGAGCCCCACUGUGAGGUCCUGAGGCCUGAGGAAGGAUGCUGGAGCACAGGAGGAGCUACCAGACACAUACAUCACCAUGCAACUCAGCAUAAGGAUGUUCAGAGAAUGAUAGAGCAUGCGUCUGACGAGGUCUCGAGCGAGGAGGACCCUGAAACCGGGUACAGUCUUGGCCGGCGUAAUGUUGAGCGCACAUCGAGUGACUACGCACUGCGCAACAGAAAGCCUCACCACUACAAGAAACACUACCCUGCUGAGGAGGCUCCUAAGUCUGGUACUGGCUGCAGCUCUCGAUGCACUAGGUCCCGUCAGGACUCUGAGAGCAUACGGCAUGAGUCAGAGACAGAGGAUGUGCUGUGGGAGGACUUCCUGCACUGUGCAGAGUGCCGCUCCUCCUGCACUAGCGAGACCGACGCUGAGAACACCAACGUCUGCACAGCCAGCAAGAAGGAGUUCAGAGACGACCCCUUCCAUCAGGUCUGUGACAAUGAUUCUAGUCACACUCCUUGGAUUCACAGCUCUAAUCCAGGUCUUGAAAGAGUGAGCGCUAUAGUGUGGGAGGGGACCGAAUGUAAGAAAGCAGACAUGUCUGUUCUAGAGAUCAGUGGGAUGAUUAUGAACAGGGUGAACAUCUACACUCCAGGAAUAGGUUACCAGAUAUUUGGCAACUUGGUGUCUUUAUUCCUCGGACUGACCCCCUUUGCAUACAGACUCUUCCAGUACAAAGACCUGGAGCAGCUUGCCACUCUUUCCACUAAUGAACUCUUUUCUAUUGCAUUUGGCUCCAGCCUCGAUGUCAUGGUUGUUUCAAUGGUGAUAGUCAGCUUUGUGGUUCGAGUUUGUCUCAUUUGGCUCUUUUUCUUUCUUCUGAGCGUCGCGGAGCGUACGUACAAGCAGAGAUUACUUUUUGCCAAGCUUUUUGGCCAUUUAACUUCUGCAAGAAGAGCCAGAAAGUCAGAGGUUCCCCAUUUUCGUUUAAAGAAAGUGCAGAACAUUAAGAUGUGGCUCUCGCUUCGCUCGUAUCUGAAGAGACGGGGCCCGCAGAGAUCUGUGGAUGUAAUAGUUUCAUCUGCAUUUUUGCUGACUCUCUCAGUGGUGUUUAUCUGCUGUGCACAGCUGCUGCAUGUCCACGAGACAUUCUUGGAGUGUCACUACAAUUGGGAACUGGUGAUCUGGUGCAUUUCCUUAUCGCUCUUUUUGCUGCGGUUUGUCACGCUGGGAUCAGAAACAAGCAAAAAAUACAGCAAUACCUCCAUUCUACUUACUGAACAGAUUAACCUGUACCUGAAGAUGGAGAAGAAACCUAACAAAAAAGAUGAACUGAUUUUGGUGAACAAUGUGCUGAAACUGGCCACCAAAUUGCUGAAGGAGCUGGAUACCCCAUUCAGAUUGUACGGACUGACCAUGAAUCCUUUACUUUAUAACAUUACUCAGGUGGUUAUCCUGUCUGCUGUCUCUGGAGUCAUUAGUGACCUCCUGGGUGUUAAUCUGAAGCUCUGGAAGAUCAAAUCAUGACAGCCAACUAAAUGAAUAUUUCAUUACCUUCCGAUUUUACUGAACGGAGAAAGCAGCAAAAACUGACUCUGGGCUACAGAAACGGUGGCCUAUCCUCAGACACAUCAAAGUGCUUACAUCUGAGACAUUUGUGCAAUUUCAAUAUUUAUUGUACCCAUUCAGUGUUUUACUUUAUUUUGCACUUGUUUUAUUUACUGUUUUUAAUUGCAAGUGUUACUCUGUAAUGGUGAGCAAACAGAGUCGAAAGAGAGUUGAUAAUUACCAGCAGCUUGUUUUGUUAGGUUUAUGGCACCUGACACUUAGAAAACAAAAAUAGUUUACACUAGAAACUUUCAGUUUAAAGCACAGCUGUUUCUGACUUUACUGUCUUCAGUCGGACUUCCUUCGUUAUCACCAUGCAGUGUGGUACAAUAGCUCCUACACUGCAGCCUCCAUUUUUGUAGAUGUAUCCUCAGGGAGAAUAUACAGUAAAUGGCAAGGUAUUCUGAGUAGUGUUUUUGCUCCCGUUCACUGGCCUACAGCUGUGUUUUUAAACUGUGUGGACAUACAGUACUAGUAAGGGGUGUAGAUAUGACUCUUGGCUUAAAAUUAAUUUAGUUUUUUUUAACAAACAGCAACAAAACCAAAGACUGGACUUCUAAAUAGGACUUUCGCGCUCUAGUUAGUAUGUGUAGCUGAGCUUUCAUUUUACCAGACUACCUAUUUAAUAUUAAAAAUAAAAGUCUGCGCUGACACAAAUCUGCUACUAGAGGGAGGCGAGCAGAGGGUUGUGUUUCAGGUUGUAUUUUAAAUCUGUUUAUUUAUUUGACGUAUUUUCUACUCUCCCCUUUUUCUGCUUCAUAUAAAUUGCAGAAAACAAUCGCUGUUACGAUGUUAAAUGUAAGUGGUGUCAUGUUUUUUGUUGCUGGUGGUUGGAAGAAUUGUGAAAGCAGGUGUAUUUAUAAAAGCUGUGUUUUUUUUUUUUUAUAUAUAUAAAAUAAACAGACAACCAAUUACCCUACAAGCCUUUGCUAUACACAGAGAAUAAGCUAGAAUAAUGCCGAUCUACAAACAACUUAAACUGCCUUUGUUUCCUAGAGCUUCAUUUACCAACGCAUUUCGCAUACAACUUUCAUUAAAACAUAUUGUGGCUGA